ACUUGCCAAUCAAACAAUGUCCUUGGGUGAUCGUAGCCCUGGUCAAAUCUGUGCUCAACUGAAGCCAGAGCGCAUCAUGCAUGACGAGAAUGUCUUCUACGGUGCAAUGAUCGUGGUGAAGCUGGGGAAGACGCAGCGCGAAGCCCAUGUCCAUCGAGGACUGCUUCGGUCUCGGUCACCGUAUUUCCACAGCAUUCUUGAAGACCGCCAUGCCAAGACGUCGAGGAUAACUCUUUAUGACGUAGAGGCAGAUGUAUUCUUCGCUUUCCUUUCGUGGCUCUACGCAGAUUGCUUCGUUCCGCCGCGGCGCGAUGACUGGCUGAGUCUGUGCAAACUAUGGCUCGCCGCCGAGAGAUUCCAGGUUCCAGCACUGCAAAAUAAAGUCUUCGAAGUAUUCAGUUGCCGUCUAUAUCAGAGAGAAGUCGAUGGGCUGGACCUCGAGAUAUUCCAUUAUGUAUACGACAACACCGGACCAGGAUCGAUGCUUCGGAAAGUCUUCGCUCACAUUGCCUUGUCGUAUGGGAGGCAAGAUGCGUUUGCGCAGAUGAGGAAAGAUAUGCCGCCAGUAUUCCAUGCAGACUAUGCAGCGCAGCACGCCGACCGGGCACAGAAGUGGGAGGAACAGAUUACAAUUGAUGACUGGGACCUUACUGGGUUCCUCCUUCCAGAACUGGUUGUUACGAAAGGCGAGAAUUCAGCAGCAGUCAAGACAGAUACAGAGCAAGAUUGCAGAAACCGGGACAGACAUGAUGGUCCCAUGGAUGAGAGAGACAUCAAAAGAAAGAGGACGAGGGAGUAGUUAUUCUUGUGUCAUCCAGAACGAUAUGUCUAUCGAUGGAAAUCUAGCUGGGUGGAUCAGAGCGCAGACAAUUGUACCAGAACUUGAAGGCAUUUCCGGCGAAGAAAGAGGAUAUCGUUUAGGGUUCCGCAGCAUUUCGUAGUUUCGCAAGUUGUCUCGCCAACUCUCUGAGCUUCACUUCUA